AUGGAUCAAAACUCCACUGCUACACUGAUCAACGCGAUGUUCUUGACCUCAUCGAUAAUGAUUAUUCAACUCUUCCUCAUGGCUCAGCAAUACGCUGAUUAUCCGACAAGAGGAGGAUCCAACUAUGACAAUUAUUCGUUUUACAGUUUCUACACCUCAUUUUUAUGGAUUGCAUCAGUUUACAUAAGUAAUUCGGAUUUUGUUCAGAAUUGGAUUCAGACAAACAAAAAAGUGGAGAAUUCCAAUGAGAAACCAAUGUUUAGUAUUUAUGUUUUGGACAGUAAAAUUUAA